AUGCCUGGAAUGACUUUCAAGGACAAGAACACUCUCCUUACUGGUGUUAGCAAAGGUUCCAUUGGUGUUGAGAUCUUAAAGGGCCUCCUUUCUGGCAGUGCCCAUGUUGUUAUCACCACUUCCCACUACACACUCACUGUCAAGCCCUUCAAUCAGGGGUCCAAGCAGGAUGUCAAGGCACUCAUUGACUAUAUCUAUGCUACUCUUGGCAUGGAUCUCAACUACAUCCUUCCAUUUGCCACUGUUCCAGAGAAUGGGCACAAGAUUGAUGGCUUGGACAACAAAUUGGAGCUUGCUCACUGUAUUAUUAUGCUUGUCAACUUGCUGUGGAUCUUGGGUGCUGUCAAGACCAAAAAAGCAUCUGGUCAGUUCGUUACUCAGCCUACCCAGGUUAUUUUGCCAUUGUCACCAAACCACAGUCUCUUUGGUAAUGAUGACCUGUACUCAGAGUCCAAGAUCUCACUUGAAACCUUGUUCAACUGCUGGAACUCUGAAAGCAGGGGUGAAUAUCUAUGCCUGGCUGGUGCUGUGAUUGGUAUGGGUUUGAUGGAUGCCACCAAUAUAGUCACUUGGGAAGUUGAAGUUUACAGUGUGCACACCUUCUCCACAAAAAAGAUGGCAUUCAACAUCCUGCACCCACUGCUCUUUAGCAUCACACAAGUGGAACCCAUCUGGGCAGAUCUGAAUGGUGGAAUAGAUUGUCUCCUGGACCUUGCUGACAUCACUACUCACAUUCAGAUGGACCUGAAUAAGAAGAGUGAACUUUGCUGUGCCAUCGCUCAUGACAAUGCACUUGACUUCAAGGUCAUCAAUGGUGCUGAGGGGGAACAUGCACUCCAGAAUGUCAAUGUUGUACCUUGUGCUAACUUCAAGUUCGAUCUCCCUACUCUCAAACCUGCUUCUGCCUUUGAGGAACUCAGCAAAUCAUGCAGUAUCAUCAACUUGGAAAAAGUCAUCAUCAUGACUGGGUUUGCCAAAGUCAGCCCAUGGCAUAGUUCACAGACUCAGUGGGAGAUGGAAGCUCAUGGAGAAUUCACUAUUGAAGGUUGCAUUGACAUGGCACAGAUCAUGGGCUCUAUUAAGCACUUUGACAGCCACCUCAAAGACAGUACUCUACAUGUUGGUUGGGUAGAUGCCAAGACAGGAGAGCCUGUGGCUGACAAGGACAUUAGAAACCAGUAUGAGAAGGAGAUUCUCAGUCAUGCUGGUAACAUUGUCACAGAGAUGAAUCACUUCAUGUUUGGGAAUCCCAAUGGGGCUACCAAGUCCAAGACUGGUGUGAUGGAGGACCUGUCUGUGGAGAUCAAUGCUGCCAUGGCAGCAAUGGAUGCCACUGCAUUGUCAGACAAUGAUACAGAUGAGGUAGCUGCUGCUGAUUCCAACAUUCACAAAAGUAGCUCUGGUCUGUCCACUCUGGAUUCAGUCUCAAUUGCCAAUGUGAAUGUUCACAUCAAUGCGACAUCCACACCCACUCCUGGCAUGGGCAAUUCCACCAACUCAGCUACUGCCAAUAGCAAUAAUGUGGAAUCCAGUACUGGUACUACAGCAUGGAAUAAGUCUAGUGGACUAUCACAGUAG